AGUGAUGGGGAGCGCAUUGGUAACUGUCCAUUCUCUCAGAGGCUCUUCAUGAUCCUGUUGCUUAAAGGAGUCGUCUUUAACGUCACCACCGUUGACCUCAAGCGGAAGCCUGCUGACCUGCAGGACCUCGCUCCAGGAACAAACCCCCCUUUUGUGACUUUUAACGGUGAGGUUAAGGUCGACGUCAACAAGAUAGAGGAGUUCCUGGAGGAGAAACUGACCCCACCACGUUACCCAAAAUUGGCUCCCAAACAUCGUGAGGCCAACACAGCUGGCAUCGAUGUCUUCGCCAAGUUCUCAGCUUACAUCAAGAACCCAAGAAAAGACACCAAUGAUGCCUUAGAGAAAGCCUUGCUGAAGUCUCUCAGGCAUCUCGAUGAAUUCCUGAGGACUCCUCUAUCUGAUGAGAUCGAUGCUGAUGCUGAAGGAGAUCUGCCUGAGUCCACCAGGAGCUUCCUAGAUGGGCCUGAGCUCAGUCUGGCUGACUGCAACCUGCUGCCUAAACUACACAUCCUGAAGGUUGUGGCAAAGAAAUACCGCGGGUUUCAGAUCCCAGCUGAGAUGAUAGGGGUUUGGCGGUAUUUAAACUGUGCUUACGAGAGGGACGAGUUCACCAGCACCUGCCCAGCUGACCGGGAGAUCGAGUUUGCCUAUCUGGAUGUUGCAAAACGAAUCAAAUAA